AUGUUGCCUCACGACGGUCAUGAAACACCACCGGGAGCUCCUGGCUCCACCCAAGAGAACGCAAUAAACAUUUUAUCAUCGCCGUCCUUCCCCGACCCAAGUCUUCACUCCUCUCGCCGGCCGAGUAACACCGUUUCCACCCCGUCGCAGCCUUCACAGAACCUCAUGGAAUAUACAUUGCCUCGCUGGCAGCCUGAUUCCGAAGCUACACACUGUCCUAUAUGUGACACUCAGUUCAGUUUCUGGAUCACUAUUCCUCGACAGUAUAUCGUCAGACCGCCCGAGCCGAUAGAAGAAGCAACUCCGGAAAGAGUGUCUCGUCGACACAGUUAUUCAACUUCAUUUGUCGAUCUCACAACGGACACUGGCCAUGAUUCUCCCGUUGCAAGCCGGAUAGAUUCGAUAGACUCGUAUCAUCCUGCCAACCCCGCCUUGGGAGGAGGCGAAGAAGUACGACUGUGCAAUCCAUGCGUGCCAGAUCCUAACCCAGAUCCGCCUUUGACAUACAGUGCUGUCCGAGCUAGUUUUGACCGCCUGGCCGACCCAAACUGGGCUACGACAAUGCCUUCGCUUCCAACGAGCCACCCCCUUCAUCGAUCGCAUCGAUCCGUGUCGGGGCCUUAUGUAUCCAGUUCGCGAACAGAUACUGAUAGAGAUUCUGGUCGUUACCGACAUAGAAAUAAUUACGCGAGCCAUCAAACAACCUCUGAUGUGUCUUCUGGCCAGCAUGUUUAUCCUUCUCGUUAUGCUUUCCCAUUUGAUUUCCACCCGUCGCACUCCCCUCCAUCCCCUUCUUCGGCCAGAGAAAUAUCCUACUUUCUCUCUGGACACCAGUCUGGGCCGGCGAGUUCGAACUUUCGAAGCGCAUUCUCAACGAAUCCACGCAACCGGCCAACUCAUUCUCGUUCGGUGAUGGAUUAUGAUCGACCGCGCCAUCUACAGCAAUCUUACCGAACUCCCAUCGACGAGCGAGAUAUGUGUCCGAUUUGUAGCACGAGGCUGCCUCCACGCGGCAGCGACGGCAACGAAGAUGACCGCGAAGCUCAUAUUCGGACCUGUAUUCAAAAUUCCUCUCGCAUGGGUCGAUCCCCCCCAGGGUCCAGCCCGCCUCAGUCACCACCGCAUCCGUUGCGCAUGAUCUUCUAUAUCGCGACCGAAAAGGACUGUACCAACGAAGAUGGCACGCCGCAGGAAUGCACCAUAUGUAUGGAAGAAUACGAAGUCGGAGACAAACUAGCGCGGCUAGAGUGUCUCUGCAAGUUCCACAAACUCUGCAUUGUAGAAUGGUCUGACAGGAAGAAGGAAUGCCCUGUCCACAAAUUCUCCUGA